AACAAAACGAGACGCUUUGCAAUGGGAAAGAUAGCUAGCUAGCUUUCUCUCGCUGCCAAAAGACCGCUUUUAUUUGGUUGGAAAGUAAACUAAUGGUGGACAACAUUCACAAGAUGAUAACGUUACUUUGCUGCACAUAGCGUCCGUAAACGUGACUAAUAUAAAUAUUUAAAAAAAUCUGUGUCUAAGCAGGUCUCUGUUGUUAGCUAGCAAACUAGCUUAGCCAGUUAGCCAGCUCCUCCUCCUGCGCGCUCUCAUUGCUGGAGAUGCAGCAAAAUACAAAUUAACAGUAAUUUAUACUGCCUGAAAAUGUAAGUGAUCCUAUAAGGAAUACCCGUUGGACAUCGGCUGGAAUAACUGUCGGACCUGAAGCAGGAAAACUGUAUUCAUGCCGUAUGAUAAAGGGAACAAGUUCAUCCUUUUCGGCUUCACAGUAUGAGCGGCACACAGCAAAAUGGCCUGAAAAGACAACACCUUCUAGAAAGACUGCUAGAUGCAGUUAAACAGUGCCAAAUCCGCUUUGGUGGAAGGAAGGAGAUUGCGUCCGACUCUGAUAGCAGAGUUAUAUGCCUAUGUGCCCAGUUUGAAGCGGUGCUUCAGCAUGGCCUGAAGAAGAGCCGGGGUCUGGCCCUCACUGCAGCGGCCAUAAAGCAGGCGGCAGGCUUCAUCAGCAAGACAGAUGCAGAGUUGACUUUCUGGUUCUACGUGAAGGAACACUUGAAUCGGCAUGAGCUGCAGCGUUUUUAUUCUCUUCGGAACAUCUGGUCUGAGCUGGGUCGCGGGCGAGCCUGGCUCCGCUGUGCUCUCAACGAACACUCUCUGGAGCGCUACCUCCACAUGCUGCUUGCUGACCGUACCCGCCUCAGUGCCUUCUAUGAAGAGUGGGCUUUUAUCCUUGAUGAGGAGAGAGCGAGUAUGCUCCCUACUAUGGCUGCCGGGUUGAACUCUAUUCUGUUUGCCAUCAACAUUGACAACACGGACCUGAACGGGCAGGUGCGCACAGGCUCAUCGGUCUCUCACUUGCUAAAGGAGAGCACGCAGGGCAUGAGCAGCCUGUGGAAGGAGUCUGCACAGGGAGUUAGCACACUGCUGAGGGAAAUUGGCACAGCCACAGCUGUGGUUCCUGGAUUCAGCUCACGCUCAGACUGCCCCACAGACCCCCUGCCUGUCUUGCCUCGCAGCGCCUCCACAGAUUCUUGUUUGAGGAAGGAGCGCAGACGGAAGAAGAAAAUCACCAACAUCAUCUCAUUUGACGACGAUUUGGAUGUGGGAGCGGAGGACGAAGAGGAGGGCAACGAGGAUGUGGGGAGAAGUGUGGGGAAGAACACAGCACGCUGUUUGAGCUCAGAGGAGGCUGAGGAGCCCCCUGAGUCCCUACCCACUCAGAACGGGCUUCCUGAGCCAGGAGAUGGCAUCAUCAGCUGGGCCGAAACCCCUCCUCAAAACGGAGUUCUUUCUGACACCAAAAGCAUUGACAAUGAGGAAGAGGAUGAUGAAGAUUUUUAUGGAAAGAGCCAGCCAGAGCCUCAAGAGGACCCUGCAAGUGGGGAGCAGGUCAUAGUUGGGAGCUUGUCCAGUGUGUCAACAUGGAGCCCCAGACAGAUCAUCACAGAGACUGACAACGACAGCUCAGACGUGCUCAUCCCUCUCACCUCAGCAGAGCCUUACACACCACAGGGUCUGAACAGUACACACUAUGUCAGCUCUGUUGAGAUGGUGGGAUUUCAGGGGCAAACGGAAAGCUCUAGCUCAGCCAUUGACACAGAAAAACCGAAAGCCCAGACACAGUUCAGCUUGGAUCCCAGCCCAUCAACCCCAAAUGCCGCUUUGACCAGUACACUGGCCACUCCUGGCCUGCCUGAUUCCAUGACUGUGGUCGAACUACGCCAAGCCAUUGUGGCCAUGAUGAACAGGAAAGAUGAACUAACCGAACAGAACAUGUCUCUUCGCAGUCUGCUGGAUGGAGAGAUGGAGCACUCAGCUGGGCUACGGCUUGAGGUAGACAACCUAAAGAAGAAGCUGGCUGACCUGGAGGAGAGAAAUGCUGCCAAAGUCCAGGCCCUGGGCAGAGAAAACGAGGUGCUGAAGGUCCAGCUGAAGAAGUAUGUGGGUGCUGUCCAAAUGCUGAAGAGAGAAGGCAACCAGAGCAUUGACUCUCUGCCCAUGCUGAGGAACUGUGAUGGCUCUGCUGCAACAUCACAGCACAGGUCUGUAGCUGAUGUGGAGGAACUGGCGGCCAGCUAUGAGCGGAAACUCAUUGAGGUGGCUGAGAUGCAUGGAGAGCUGAUCGAGUUUAAUGAGAGGCUGUAUUGUUCACUCAUGGCUAAAGACAACCUGAUUGGCCAGAUGAGACAAGAGCUCAUCGACCUUCGAGGCCCAGUGCCCGGGGACCUAAGCCAAACCUCUGAUGAUCCGAGCCUGUCUGACUUUGAGACAGCUCAUCGUGCUCUUGUCAACGUAUGGAUACCUUCGGUAUUCCUGCAAGGCCGUGCUGCCAAUGCCUACCAUGUCUACCAGGUGUACAUCAGGAUUUUGGACAAUGAGUGGAAUGUGUAUCGGCGCUAUGCUGAGUUCAGAGUGCUGCACAAUCAUCUCCGUGCCAGGUUCCCUCAAGUCGACACCUUCAACUUCCCUCCCAAAAAAGCCAUUGGAAACAAGGAUGCCAAGUUUGUGGAGGAGAGAAGGAAGCAGCUGCAGGGUUACCUGCGCAUGGUGAUGAACAAGCUGAUCCAGACACUGCCCGAGUUCACAGCCCGACCCACCAAAGAGACGCUGCUGCAGCUGCUGCCUUUCUGCCAGGACACUCCUGCUGCCAGUGAGAGUGGGAGCAAAUCGGGCCGAUCCAAAGCAACGUCACGAUUUCCUCGGCUGGGCCGCAGCUCCGGUCGUGAGGCCCGCAACCCCGAGCCCCAGAGCGGCGACCUUUAACCUUCCAUCCACAAUAAAGAAUGACAGAGCUAUUGACUUCUGAACUGUGGAAUUCAUGUCGGAGGUAAUUUGUCAGUGUGGAGGUAGGACAGGACAGCGGUCUCAAACCUCAGAACUCAUCACUAGAACUGUAUUAAGCUGACCACAGCAAACUUUUCUAUAAUGGGUGUAUGCAGAGCCAUCAAUGGAUAGCUGGGUCUAGAAACAGGGGUCCAACAGAGAUGGGGAAGUUUUGCAUACUUUUCUGUUCCUCUUUCAUUUUUUGUGGUGGAGCUUUCUGUUACUAUAGUGCCUCGUGUUUUCUAGCAGAUGUUGUUUUUGGGGAAAAGCAGGAUGUAAUUCUGACAAAACAUAAAACUUUGAUGAAGCUGCACCCAGAUUUGUGGCAUCAUCUUGAAAUAACUUGCACAUGGUCCUGUACUUAAGUCAACCAAAAAAAAAGUAGACACACCUUUUUUAUGUGUUGUUACAGUGCUAUACUGUUAGGCACAAUGGUGGAUUACAGUUAUGCUUCACUGAAUGCUUAAUAGCUAAGCAAAAACAAUCAUCUUCUGUUUUUACACUGCUUAAUUAUUGUUCAGUGAUGUAUCAGGAAUGUGUAGAUUGUAGCUGAAUGUUUGAUGAUGGCUAAAGCA